GGACAGUCCACAGGCUCGGCAUUGAACCCGCGGUCUGUUCACCUCGAACCCGCUGCUGCUGUCAACCACACUCAGUAUUCGGUGUGUGUGUUUCUUGUUGUAUUUACUGACAGUGCUCCACAAACCUCGGCGUAACGCACAGGCCGCCAUCUUUCCAGCCCUGGCACGCUCACACACACGCAUUUACAGAUACUGGUGUUGCGUUCAUGGAACGACUUUAGAUUCGUAUUUACGAGAACCAAACUACACUAUAAACUUGCAUUUAGUGUUUUAUAGUAGACAGACAUUAUCUGCCAUAAUGUCUGUAAACUACUGUAACAGCCAGGCACGAUAAAAACACUUUACUAAAACACUUAAUUGCCCGUCACGCCUGUUAAAAUCCCCCACUCUUUGUUUUAGGAGCUUAUGAGCGGACCGUGAAAGCACCAAAAGAGCUCACGUGUGCUGUAUAAAGCAAUAUUUAAGUUAAAUACGGAAUAAAACAAUAACACAGUUUAUCAUUAACGGUAACCGUUUACAACGAUUAUAAAUGAGAUUUGACAAUUUUCACAAUUUAAAAUCAUUUUUCACACCGUUGAUCAUGUGAGCUAAUACGUCAUCGUGUCACAAGUCAAACAAUAUGGCUGCUUGCUUGGUGUUAGCUGUCGUUAGCUAUUAAACGCUGAAUUUCAAUGUACAAUAAAGACAAGUUGAGUCGUUUUCUUGUAAGCAUGUGUACGCCGGCACCUGUUGCUUCACUGAGAGCACGCUUGACAAAAGGUUUAUUUAUCUAACUUUAGACAGCAGCGUCGCAGAAAAUCUGAUCUCCCGGUCAGAGUCGGCUGCAUUAAAACCAUGGCCUCGGCAUUUGUCGUCGGUGAUACAUUCAGAAAUAAGGUUACGGAGUUAUUGGAAAAGUCUGACUCGUCCCUGCCCCAGCGACUGAGAGAAGAACUGGAGGAGACUCUUGCAAAACCGGAACCAAAAACCCUGUCCUUCAGUACAGCGAGAAAACUCAGGAAAUGGCUUCAGGACAAAGGACAUCCUUUCUACCUGCACGAGUUGUUGGAGGAGAGCUCACUGCACCUUCCUGAGGUCCUGAAGCCUCCCAGAAACCCUGAGCUAGUGGCACGUCUCGAGAAGAUUAAAGCCAAACUGGCCAAUGAGGAGUACAACAGAAUCACGCGUAAUGUCAACACUCAGGACAUCAACCGCAGUGGAACAUUAGCAGAUUUUGGACAGCAAAUGCGAUCGGUUAAAGCUUUGGUUUUGACCAUUUUCAACUUCCUGGUCACUGUGGUUGCUGCUUUUGCCUGUUCAUAUAUGGGAAGUCAGUACCUGUUCACUGAUACUGCAGCGCGGGUAAUAGCAGCUGUGAUUGCUGCGUCUGUAGUCGGGCUUGCUGAGCUGUAUGUGCUGGUCCGGACCAUGGAGGGGGAACUAGGGGAACCAUAGCAGCCCUACCAAGCCUACUGAUUCAGAACGGACAUUUCACUUUGCCAUGAAAACUUUGUGGACUUUUUGCUAUAUAUUUGACAGGAAACUUGGUGGACUUUUUGAGUAAGAAUAAGUUUUUCAAAUUUUCAAAUCAGUGACAUUUUGUAGCACAAAAUGGAAGCUGGAACAUUACAAGAAAGGACACUGGUUCAAAAAGUGAUAUUUAUUAUGUUUUCUUCGUUCUCCUUGGCAUUGCCCUAUAAAAAUAUGUUCAUUUACUUAUGAUUCCCUCCAUUCUUUGUCAGAUGUGAUCAUAUUUUUGUGUUCAAUAAACUCAUCAGCACUAACUAAA